UUUAAAAUGUAACCGGAAACGACUUGAACAGCAGAGACUGCAGCUGGGUGGGACCUUACUUCAGUUGAGUGUGCAGCACUGGGGUCUUCCCCAAGCCAGAGGAUGGCUGUGUUUAAUCAGAAGUCUGUUUUGGAUAUGAUUAAAGAGUUCAGAAGGAAUUGGCAUACUCUUUGUGACUCUGAGAGAACUACUGUAUGUGGUGCAGACUCCAUGCUCUUGGCAUUGCAGCUUUCCAUGGCAGAGAAUAACAAACAGCAUGGUGGAGAAUUUACAGCUUCUCUGAGUGAUGUCUUAUUGACCUGGAAAUACUUACUACAUGAGAAAUUGAACCUACCAGUUGAAAAUAUGGGAACGAUUGACCAUUAUGAGGACAUUAGGAGGACUUACGAUGGUUUUUUAAAGAAUAGUAAUAUGUUAGAUCUUAUCGAUGUUUAUAAGAAAUGUAGUGUUUUGACUUCUAAUUGUGAAAAUAAUGCCAACGUAUCUCCUAGUCAACUACGGGAUUUUCUGUCUGGUAGACAGUAUGCAAUAGAUGAUGAAGCCGAUCUUUAUGUACCGACAUCACCAAUGAGUCAACACAACCAGGAUAACAAAAAGGUGAAGUUACUAGCAAAGAAAAUUAUUUGCUCAUAUUUAAACCUGCUAGUGAAUUCAAAGAAUGAUUUGGCUCUGGCUCAUAUUCUCAAUAUUCCUGAUAGAGGACUUGGAAGAGAAGCCUUCACUGAUUUGAAACAUGCUGCUCGAGAGAAACAGAUGUCUAUCUUUUUGGUGGCCACAUCAUUUAUUAGAACAAUAGAGCUUGGAGGUAAAGGAUAUGCACCGUCACUAUCUGAUCCUUUAAGGACACAUGUAAAAGGAUUGUCUAAUUUUAUUAAUUUCAUUGACAAAUUAGAUGAGAUUCUUGGAGAAAUAUCAAAUCCAAGCAUUGCAGGGGGUCGGAUACUCUCAGUGAUAAAGAUGCAGUUGAUUAAAGGCCAGAACAGCAGGGAUCCUUUUUGUAAAGCAGUAGAAGAAGUUGCUCAGGAUUUGGAUUUGAGGAUUAAAAAUGUUAUCAGUUCUCAACAAGGAGAUGUAGCUGUUAGCACCACUGACAUCAGUCCUGCCCGGCCAAAAUCUUAUGCCAUAAAUCAUGGCACAGCAUAUUGUGGCAGAGAUACUGUGAAAGCUUUACUAGUUCUUUUGGAUGAAGAAGCUGCCAGUGCUCCUACCAACAACAAAGCAGAGCUUUUAUAUGAUGAUGAAGACGCAAGUCAUUAUAAUGGAACUUCUAUUCUUACACUUUUUAGAUCUCCAAAACAAGUGAAUAAUUCAUCGAUGAAACCCCUAAGAGAACGCAUCCAUAAGUCAAUGCAAGAGAAAAAACUUGAGAUGAAGCAAACCUUAAUUAGAUCCCAGUUUUCUUGUACUUACAAAGAUGACUGCCUGACAAGCAGGAAUACAUGGAACAAUGUUAAUUCAGCAUCAAAGCCAUUGUGUGUUCCUCACAUGGAAAAUGACCUUUCUGAAGGUGUCAAUUCUUCUGUUGGAAGACCAAUAGUUGGAACAAGAUCUGGAAAUGUUCAUCCGGACAGAAGUAAAAAUGAAAAAGUAGAAAGAAAAUCAAGUAGUCAAACAGGAAAUAAAAGCUCAAAAAGGAAACAGGUGGAUUUAGAUGAUGAAAAUAUUCUCUGUGAUAAUGGAAAUGAACUACGUCGACAUAAAAAUGUUAAGUUACCUAAGACAUCAAACGAUUUGCAGAAUAAAUUGGAUGGCAAACUAGCCAGAGGAGCAAAAAACCAGUGUACCGCCAAGGACAAAUUGAUUACUGGCCAGACAAAGUUAACUCAGUUUUUUAGACUGUGAAUUUGCUUUUAUGUGCUUUAGAUUUAUGUACAUAUAAAAACAUCCAUCAAAGACAUUUACCCAAUUUUUAAGAGAUGGUAUAAAUUAUGAUGCCUUAUUAUGUAAGCUUAGUAUGUUAAGCAUUGUUUAAAAAAUACCACUAAGUCAUAAUUAUGCAGAAUAUUCACAAAGUUUAAUGCACAGAUAAAGCAUAUCAUUUAGAUUACUGAUAUCUCUGAAUACUACUUUUAAAACAGACAUUUAAAAUAAUACAAGUCAUAGGAACAUUAAGGGCUUUUUCCCCCACAGGCAAUCAAGUGAUUUUGUUUUCUUCUGAAAAGAUGAUGUGGGCCAACAGGUAUCAUCAGACUUGCCAGCACGGUCGGUAGACUCUCCCCAGCAUGCAUCUGAGCACUGAAGGAAAAAAAAAAGUUUAAAUUGUUUAAAGGACUGUUAUUAUCACACAAAAUUUACUAGAACUAAAAGACUGAAUCAAGUGUAUCUAAUUCUGAGGAAAUAAAAAGUAUAAUAACUAAUUACAUGAUUUUUAAUUCCACAUAUUUGGCAGGGAUUACUUAAUAUCAAGUGUAAUUGAACCAUGUUCUUAUUUAAUUUUAUGAUUGGAUUUAAAUUCAGUUAAACUCAGAUUUCUGUUUUAUGGUUUUAAGAUAUAAGAAUUGAAUUUUAAAGGACUACUCACUGUCAAAAUCUCUCCUUCCUAUAGGAAAUUUAGCUGAGUUUUCUUCAUCCCCCAUUUCUCUCUUUUCUUGUGUUGAUUCAGUAUUCUGAACUCCAUUCUCAGCUGGAAAAGCUACAGAUCCUUUUAGUGCAAGAUAAGGUUUUCCAGCCAGAUUCAGUGGCAGACCAUGAUUUAAGAAAUUAUGUUUGGAGCCUGCGUUCUGUAAAGAAAAGGUUUAUUUGUGUUUUAGCUGUCUUUUUGGGAAUGGUAAUAUAAUACAGAUACAUAAUGUUCUUAUUGAUCAAUUCAAAAGUGCUCUGCACUGAUUUGCCUUUUUAAAAAUACCUUAGAUAUAAAGUUUUUUUUGAGACAAAAACCUUUUGGAAAGGAGUUGUCCAAAAACAAUCUGGUAUGUAUGGAAUUUCAUCAGUCUUAAUGUAUAUUGUGAGUAUUUGCACAUAGCUUCUGUUUAUAAAAGUAUUGACUUUCAUAUGGUUCACAAAAAUCAUUCAAAUAUCCAUUGAAAUAAAGGGCAAGUCAUAUUGCCACUUACCUUUGAA